UUUAAUCUUAUUUUUUAAUUACAGCACUUUUCCUUUACUGUGUGUUAAGAAAAUGAUUUUCUCCGUCCUCCUCGUGCUCAGUCAGGUUGCUGCUUGGGGUUCGUUCGGUUUUGUUGCGUGGUCGCCCGCGGUGGAGACAGCCUACAGGGAUGUGGUUGCGCUUGUGUCGCUCGGAGAGCAGCAUCUGACCGGAGAGGCGCUUCGGUCCCUCUUUAAUAUGCUGGAGAACCGUGUGCAGUGCGGCGAAGUGUCGUGUGAAAAGUGUAAUCUAACAGAGGGCAUUCACCAGCUGAUCAGCCAACCUUCCAUCCUUGAAGUCCACAAAAGUGGAACCACCAGAAACGGAUCAGGAGAUGUCGCUGUCAGUGUGUCCGAAUUCAGUGCAUUUGCUGCUGGCUGUGUCCUAUUCCUCACUUCACCCAGUCUGGUCUGUCAUGCAGUGAGGGAUGGGAAGUGGAGAGAAGAGACAGAACACUUUCUCCAUAAAAUCACUCAUCACGACCACCACCAUGAAGACCACAGGUCGCAGCAGGAACAUGAGCACAAGCACAUAGAUGUUCAUGGAUUAAAGAUUGUGUUUGGAGACCUCAGUGAUCACUAUGAGGCUCUGCACAGUCAGAAUUGUGUAACACCUAGCGCCAUCAUGACAGAGGUCAAUGUAGCAGCAGUGGACCAGAGAGCAGAAGUGGCUGCUGUUCUGGGGCGUGUCCUCUAUCACGGCUUGCGAGGUGACUGUUUCGUUGGUCGGUCACUGCCUGAGGAGAGCUUCUUCCUGGAUUACAUCAUGAAGCGUUUGGGCUCAGAAAAUUUCACAGCUGAGGACUUGGAGGGUCUUAUGAGGAGCCUCAACCUGGGUCCCAUCGAUCAGUAUGAGUAUGAUCAUCAUGAUGAUGGACAUGUUGGUCAUGAUCACAGUGGACAAAGGAGGAGGAAAAGAAGCAUCCAUGCACACCAUGAGAGUAACAUCACCUGGGACCAGCAAUGUUUCUCAGGGGACGAGCUCAUACUGAUCUACAAUCUGACCAGCGGCAGCUCUACCUCCACCAGCCUGCAUCGGUCGGACUUUGCUCAGCUGAGUCCUGCACUUGUUCAGCAGAUCCUGAGCGGAGCGUGCAGAGCCACGGGAGAAAUGCUGGAUCCUGAUCAGCUCACCAAAACUGAGAGAUACAUCUUCGCGACCAUUGCUAAUGUUGUGAUCACGCUAACGUCUCUGUUUGGCAUUGUGGUGCUGCUCUGUACUUCCUGUUCCAGCGUGUUCCAGUUGUGUAUCCAGUUUUGCAUCAGCCUGGCAGUCGGUUCUCUGACAGGUGAUGCUUUAUUGCACCUGUUGCCCAUGUUUUUAGGAUUGCACGUGCACCCAGACUCACAUUCCGUUCACCAGCAGGACCCUCCAAUCUACAUCCUCAGGAUGCUGUUGCUGAUGUCGGGGAUCUAUCUCUUUUACCUGAUGGAAACAAUCUUCUCCCUAAUCACACGUAAAGACAAACAACAAUCACAUCAUCAUCAUCAUCAUCAUGAGGAAGAAGCAGAGACUCACCACUGUGAUCAUGGGAAAAUUUUAGAGAUGUAUCAACAGGAAAAGAAACACAAAGACAAGUCACAAUCUACAUCUAAAACCGACCUGGUUUGCGUUGAAGAUAAAGACAAACCAAACCCAAAAGAGCGUACAAGAGAACAGCGUAUGCUGCCCUACAUGAUCACUAUUGGUGACGGGAUCCACAACUUUGCAGACGGUUUGGCAAUCGGUGCAGCUUUCUCCCUGUCUUGGAGAUCUGGUCUUGCCACAUCACUUGCUGUUCUCUGCCACGAACUACCACAUGAACUUGGUGAUUUUGCCAUUUUGCUCUACAGUGGGUUGUCUGUCCGUAAGGCAUUGCUUUUAAAUGUCGGCAGUGCUAUGAGCUCCUUUGUUGGCCUGUACAUUGCUCUGUCUGUUGCCACCGACCUUGCUACUCAACAGUGGAUAGCUGCCAUCACAGCCGGCCUCUUCCUAUAUGUCGGCCUGGCCGAUAUGCUGCCCACCAUGGUCCAUAUCAGCCACAGGAAACCCUGGCUCAUGUUUGCAUUGCAGAAUGUUGGCCUUCUGACGGGGUGGGUCAUUCUGUUGAUACUGUCGCUUUAUGAAGAACAAAUCAGCUUUUAAUACAUGAACAUUCACCUGUUUGCUGGCACUAUAGAUCACCCAAUAACCCACAUGUUAUAUUCUUGUAUUAUAUCAAUUGAAUUUCUUAUACUUAUUUGUUUUUUAUGUAGGUUUUUUUUUUUUUUUUUUUUUACUUUAUUAAAUAAUGUGUCCAAGGGUACAGCCAACAUUUUUCAACGAAGGCUCUAUUUUUUGAUGUUUAGGAGUUCAUUGUUUCACUCUGGACAAAAAGUAAUUUAAAUGUUGCAGUAUUGAUUUAGAAUACAAGCAUUGUUACAGGCUAACCGGCUACUGAAUAGGCAGAAAUGUCAUUAGAAGUGUUGGUAUCACAGAGAGUAUACCUACAGUGGUAAACAUGCAUGUCUUUACUAACUAAAUGUAAAA